UUCCUUAUGGAGAAGAAGAUGCAGCUCCCAUCAGCGCCCCAGCUAGCCAAGAUAGCGGCUCUCCUCGUCCUCUUCCUCCUCGCGCCCUUGGUGCCUUCCUCGCUGAGACAACCCUACCUCUACCUCCUCUUCAACGCGCUCGUCAUCACCCUGGGCGUCGAGGCCGGCUUCCUCGCCGCCAUCUCCGGCCCGCGCGACGACAACAGGCCCCCGUCGAGGACGGCGGCGUCUCCAAACCUGCAGGUCAAACCAAGAGGCAGCGGCCGGAUUGCUGUCGUGAGCAAUGCUCGCUUAGUUAGUAGCACGGCUGGGCCUUCUAACGCUCCAGUGACCCUGCCGACCAACUCCCCCAAUAAUAUGCUUGCAGAUGCUGUGUCGGCCAAAGACAUUGUCGCUGGAAUCGACACGCCGGCGACAUCAACGAUCAAGAAGAAGAAGAAGAAGAACAUAACAAAGAAAUGCCCAUCGAGGGCGAGCAUCUUCUUCAUCGGGAGCGUGGACAGCGGGGAGGAUGUCGAUGUCAUGGUCCAUGAGGAGGAGGAGGAGGUAGAGGGGGAGGAGGGAGCCGACGAACUGAUAAGGAAGCAGGAGCUGUUCAUGAAGGCGGAGGAGUUCAUUGGCAACUUCUACAAGCAGCUCAAGAUGCAGAGGGAGGAGUCUUGGAAGAAGCUGCAGGACCUCUACUACCACCAUCACCACUACAAGGCCAAGGCCUUCUCUCGCGCUGUCUCCGAGAAUUUAUAAUAGAUUGCAUGCAUGAUUAAGUAACUCAUCAUAUAUAAUGUAUGUGCUGGAAAUAUGCGUUUAA